AAAUACCCCCAUUUUCUUCCAAACUACCCAGUACAUUCUUUUUUUUUUAAAAAAAAAACCAGUAAGAAUUUAGAAAUUAUGGCAGCAUCAAUUUAUGCUUCAUCUUCAUCUUCUUCAACUCAACAAACAAUUUUACGACCUCGGAAAUUUAGUGACCACCUCAUUAAUGGCGUAUCAUCACCUUUCAUUUCCAUUAAAAAGACUAUAUAUGUCUCUCCUAUACGAUGCCGUUUUAACCUCCCCUCUAGAAAUUUCGGUUACAGCUCACGAAGAGCUGGAUCAAUGACGGGCAAUUUGGAAGCAGUUAGUACUGGAUCUCCGACAUCUGUGCCAGUUCGUGUGGCUCAUGAGCUUCUUUUAGCUGGCCACCGCUACUUAGACGUCCGGACUGUGGAAGAGUUCACUGCUGGGCAUGUUCCUGGGGCUGUAAAUAUCCCUUACAUGUUACGAAUUGGUUCAGGAAUGACAAAGAAUCCAGAUUUUCUUGAACAAGUGUCAUCACUUUUUGGCAAAGAUGAUGAAAUCCUUGUUGGUUGUCAGAGUGGGAAGAGAUCUCUUAUGGCUGCAAAUGAUCUUCAUUCUGCGGGUUACAGUAGUAUCAUCGAUAUCGCUGGUGGUUACUCGGCUUGGGCUCAGAGUGAACUUCCAACAGAAAUGUAACAGCCCUAAUUGAUACAAGUACAUGUAGUGAGAUCGGAAAAUUGUGUAUAUAUCAAUAAGUUGUAUAUUUUUCAACCAUCUUCCUGCUGUAA